CCAGGUUGUGGCGUCCCCACCAUCUCACCUGUAAUCAGUGGCUAUGCACGGAUUGUCAAUGGGGAAGAGGCGGUGCCUGGCUCGUGGCCUUGGCAAGUCUCCCUGCAGGACAAAACCGGCUUCCAUUUCUGUGGUGGUUCUCUGAUCAAUGAGAAUUGGGUGGUCACCGCUGCCCACUGCAAUGUCAGGACAAGCCACUUGGUGGUGCUGGGUGAAUUCGACAAAGGUACUCCUGGGGAAGACGUUCAAACCAUCAAGAUAGCCAAGGUUUUCAAAAACCCCAGGUAUAACUCGUUCACCAUCCGAAAUGACAUCACGUUGCUGAAGCUCGCCACCCCGGCCCAGCUAAAUGCUCAGGUGUCUCCUGUGUGUCUGCCAAAAGCCACUGAUGCCUUCCCUGGCGGGAUGACCUGCGUCACCACCGGAUGGGGACUUACUAAGCAUUCGGACAAGAACACGCCAAACACGUUGCAACAGGUGGCUCUUCCUCUUCUGACCAAUCAGGAGUGCAAGAAAUUCUGGGGCAACCGCAUCGCGGAUGUCAUGGUCUGUGCUGGGGCUGCGGGAGCCUCUUCAUGCAUGGGUGAUUCUGGCGGUCCCCUGGUCUGCCAGAAGAAUGGGGCCUGGAAUCUGGUUGGGAUUGUCUCCUGGGGCAGCGGCACCUGCUCUCCAUCCAGCCCGGGGGUCUAUGCCCGCGUUACAGAACUCCUCCCCUUUAUUGAGACCACCCUUGCUAAUAACUAAGGCCCCUCGAUGAGGGAACAAUAAAAACAGCACCAAGCAUU